AUGCUUCGGCAUAUCAACGCUUUACGUUUCUUAUCGUCUGAACAAUAUGCGAUUGUACUGUUUACAGAGAUACCGUCCUUGGUGCCUGAAGCGUUGGAAAUCAUCCUCGCACAGUCAUAUCGAUUUGAGCUGCUGAGGAAACUUGGUGCUGAGAAAGAGAGCGAAAAAUUGGAGUUGCAGAGGAAACUUAAAGACGAAAAAUUGGAGCUGCAAAGGAAGCUUAAAGACGAGAAAGAGAGCGAAAAAUUGGAAUUACUGAGGAAGCUUAAUGACGAAAAAUUGGAGAUCAUGGUAAAACUUGUGGCGGACCGCACGGCUAAGUAUUUACGUGCAAAAAGUCAGGGGAGCGCUGGAGUUUAUCCGAGCACAGAGGAAAGCAAACCUGAUGGAAAAUUUGGUUACACUCUAACUGAGGGAGCCAAGGUAGGAGGAGUAGGGUUCGAUGCCGUCGUUCAUGAUGUAAACCAGCUUAGAUGA